UCAAGAUGUUCUCCAUGCGUGUCUGAGAGUCUUCUCUUCAUUUUGUCUUGGAUAUUAUCAGUCCCACCUCAAAUGUUAAGAAGCGACAGAUAUAAGAGCUCCCAAAUAUCCGCCAACUCUGCCUCUUCCCCACAACCCAAGGCCAGCUCUCAACUCACCACUCUGCAGACUCCCAUCAUUCAAGAACCCAGACCAACAGCCAAACGCGCCCAACCAACACAACACAAUUUACCAAUCACACCACCAUCUAAGAGAUGAAGCAGACAGCGAGACGUACUUUCCCUCCCAUCAACAUGAACGCACCCGCCCCGCGCGGAAGCAGCUACAGCGACUCUUACUCCCAUGAGUCCUGUCCCACGUCCUCUUGCGACUCUUGCUUCGGUUACACUUACGACAAUGGCUACGACUCUAACACUGAGGAGUUGGACGAUGAGGACGAUGAAGACGAUGAGGACGAUGAGGAUGAGGAGGGACUCGAUGGUUGGGAUCAAUCCUCCUCCUUGGCCUCUGCAUCCGCCUCCGUCUGUCAGUCCCAGGUUACUGACCCGUUUUCCAUGUCUUCCAUGUCUUCUCUCUUCGGUCCUUCUUCUUCUUCUUCUUCUCAGCAACCUCAGUGUUCCUUCGGCGCUCCUCCUGCUCCUCCUCCCGUACUCCUAAGCUCCAGGGAAAAGGGACGUGCUCAGCGGCAGUGUUCCUGCCAGAAAACUUCCAAGGGCUAUUGCAACAUCUUCCCUUCCGGUCCUCCCGGCGGCAACGACGGGCAGAAGCAGAACCGAAACACCGCCACCGAAACCCAGCUCUCCAUCUUCAGCAACAGCAACGGACCGAACGGCCAUGACCAGACCCAGACCCAGAAUCAGACUGACAGUCAAGCCCUGGGACAUUUGUUGGGCGGUGGUCUUAGUGGUGCCAACGUAAAGGGCAAGAAUGCCGGCAACGGCAUGAUCAAGAACUUGAAUGUGUAUAACCCCAAUAUUACUAUUCAAGUGACGCCGGAGAACUUUAAUAAGUUCAAUAAGUUCUUUGUUCAGAAGUCUGGCAACGGGAACGGGAAUUAGGGGGCACACGCGUAGUUGUGUGAAGACUGAGAGACGUCAGCUUGCUUGAUCUUGAUCUUGAUCAUGGAUGAGGGUUUAUCGGGUGGAGGUGGAUGGUGUUUGGAUUUGAAAGGGGUUUUGGAUAGUGAUCAUGGUCGUGGGGAUUGGAGUUGAAGCGGAAGGGAGAGGGUUUUGUUUGGAUACAUGGUGAUAGCUGCAAUGAAAUCCUUGGUUCAGCUCAAAAUAACAGUCUGCCUUCUGUGAUGUUUGUUAGAGGUUGGUAGUA